GGAGGCAGCGUCGAAAGCGACAAAAACCCCAAUGUAUGACAAAAAGCAAGUAGUGGAUCAACUGGAUAAACUGUUUGGUUUAAAGCCUGCUGAUAUAGAGAAGACAUGUCAUGUUAAAAUUGAAGAUACGUGGCCAGCAAUUAGUGAUAAGCUUGAAGACCUUCAAAAAGUUGCCGAUAAUCUCGUAGAAGAACAAAAAAAGACCAUGAAACUUGAUGACUCAGGAUUUGGAACCGCAAUUGAGAAAAGAUGCGAGGCAAGUCCAGAAUACAAAAAAGCAAGACAACCUGUCGUUGACAAAGCUCUACCAUGUUCCGCUGAUGCGAGAAAGGCCGAAGCUAUGACCUUCGCUGAAAAGAACAGUUGCAAAUCGCACUAAGCCACUUACCAAGCAGGAAUAUGGAAGCAGGAAAGGAUAUAUGAGGGAUAAUAAUCCCUAUAUAAUAAUCCCUAAUAUCCCUAUAUAUGACGACUGGGAAUUUUUAAAUGAAAUUAUGAAUCUUAUAUUUUAAUUAUACACUGUGCUAUACACGGGUUUUACUGCGAUUUUCCUUGCCUACUACAAAAAAUAAUUAAUGACUAUUGUAGGUGAAUACUAGUGCAGAUUGUUAAAUGACGGGCGCAGCCCGAUUAUUCUUAAACCUAUUAUUAUUAUUAUUUUAUCAUUAUUAAUAAUAAUAUUAACAUUAUUAUAAGUAAACUAAUAAGC